AUGAAAAUUAUGUUCGUUUCGAAGUUCUAGUUCGCUUUGAAUUUUUAGGUGCAUCCUCCAGGGCCGACCGGGCCGGGCCGGCCCGUUGCAAGUCUGGUUUCAUCGAAGUUUCGACCAGGAUAUUUCCAUUCGACCCGGAACUAUAAAAGUUGCACAGAAAAGUGUGUAUUGAACACGGAGAUGUAAAUCUAAUCUAUUUCGAAUCAAAGUAGCGAUGAUUCGUUAGUUGAUCUUUUGAAAACGAUGAUAUUAAGGAAGACGACUCUUUCGAGAAAUGAUAAAACAUGAACAGAUAUUGUCGACUCACAUUUUUUUUUGAAAGUUCUCCAGGCCAACACAAAUUUCGAGUAAAAUGAUCUACUCUAAAUGUUUUGACCUCCCCCGGACUGUGUCAUUCCAAAAAAAUCUCCUCUAACGUUCGUUUUUUGACAGUCUGAACUUUUGAAACCAACUUUUCGUCAAGUUUACAGCGACAAACUUUGUCUGUCCGAACAUUUGUUCGUAGCAGACUACACACACGCACGCAUCCACUGUACAAAGCGCUUUCUCGUGCCAGUUUCUUCUGCGGAGAUGAAAAUCUUUGUCCACUCCUCCCCCAUUCCUCCGUCUGACCAUUCCAUCUCACACUUUCAGACCGAUGCCACCGUUCGAGAAGAACAUGCGCACACUCGUCGAUGAUCCGAACUCCUGCUCGUCGGCGUCGGAGUCUAUGCCCGAUAUUGUCGAUAGGGACAGAUGUGCAGUGUGCACAGACGUCGUGAGCAGCAAAAGAUACGGUGCUCCGGCGUGUCUCGGAUGCUGUGUCUUCUUCCGGAGAGCCGUUGUGAACAAGUUAAAGUACAGAUGUCUUCGCAAUCACGACUGCCCGAUCACAAAUGGUAAGACUUUUUUUGAAGUGAUGAGAUUAUUGAUUGAUGCCUGGACAGAGGUCUAUAUCUCGGGAAUCGACAACUAUUUCCAAAAGUUGUCAACUGAAAACUUGUUGUAAAUUUUGAGUUACUCAUUUCCAUCCUAAAUGACUCAGUUACGAUCCCCAGAAUAUCGUCAAUACUGUCAUAGAAGAGCACACCAAAUUCAGUGCAUUCAAAGCGAUGUAUCUGCGCAGCCGGUAGAGAUAUCAAGAAGUGGUCAAUUGAUAAAAUGUGUACAAUUUCUUGAUGAACAAUUUGUCAGUUGACAUCUUUUUGAUAUCUUUUAAGGUAGCUGAGAUGGAUUGUCAUGAACUAACGGUACCGCCCAUUGUUUCAGAAGAUCGAUGUUCAUGCAGAUAUUGUCGCCUUCAAAAAUGCUAUCAAGUUGGAAUGAAAGCAUCGGGUACUCGUUCUUCGUGUUCCGAUCAUCUCGAACCUUUUUUUCAGCGAUUAAAAUACGAGAUAUAGUCGGACCACGAAAGCCAAUAAAUCGAGAUAUUCAAGAAGCGGUCAUCACUGCCGAUGGUUGGUUUUUGGAGAUGACUGUGAGAGAUUUUAAGUUUGAGACUCAGAUGCAUCAGUCGAAAUGAUCCAAGUGCUGGUGAAAGUUCAACAUUUUCAAUUGUCACAGCACAAGCUCGCACCGAAACUGGAGGAUGAUAGCUGUCAAGAAGUGAGCCCUACUCCAAACUAAUCUUCCGAACCUUUACCGAUUCGCUUUCAGAUUUACGUACAAAAUCGACGUCGAGCGCGUGCCUCGGACGUGAACGGAAUGCUUAAAGUGUGCGUGAAUCAAGCGCUCGUGUGGGGAAAUCAGUUCCGGCCGUUUCAACGGUUAUCGAUCGAUGCGCGGCGGAGCGUGCUCGCCGAGUACGUCUUUGCUUUUCUGCUCAUCGACCAGGGCGUCAAGACGGCCUACGAGGCGGACGACGGAUUCUGGCUGCUUCAGAACGACACUUUUAUGCAUUCCGACCACUUUUUGGGACUACCCGAGACGGAAAAAGCAAAGGAGAAUGUGUGGCCGAAAGCGCAGUGAGUUCGGAUGAGCAACAUCUCUUUCUUCACUCUCAAACGAAACAUAUCAUGGAGUAAAGCUUGAAGAUUCCUCAUUCGCCGAGAAAAUGACGCCUAUUCCAGAUUCCAUCACGAUUUUGUGAGCGCGCUCUUGAACGGUAUAAGUACACCGUUCCGAAAUCUCCAAAUCGACGAAUUCGAGUGUGUCGCUCUGAAAACAGUACUCUUACUAACUCGUAAGUUUGAACCAACCGUUUAGGAGCAUCUAGAAGAACUCGUGUUUCAGAACUAAUCUCCAAAAACUCGGAUUACUCGGGACACCGGCGAACUGUCACCGGAUUGCUGGCAAAGUGUAUGGAUGAGCUCAUGGAGCACUCGCGGCGAAAGUUUCCCGAACGAGGCGCCGAACGAUUCGGAGAGAUUGUGCUGCUGCUCAGCUCGAUUCGGUGUGAAAUCAAGACGCUUUACAAUCAGACACGUGUCUCCGAUUUGAUGGAAUUCGAUCAGUCUGUGCGCGACAUGCUUUUGACAUGA